AUGGCUAGUUCUACUGAAUCCGAUGAAGAUAUACUCUUUGAGCGAUUUUUAAGUCUUUCUGAAAGCAAUAAUAAUAACAACAACAAUGAAUCAAAUAUACAAAACACAUCAUCAUCAUCAUCACCAUCACAACAACAAAAUAGAGUUGCAAAUGAUGCAAUACAUCCAAUAGUGCGAGGAAAUAUAGAAUUUAGACGUACGUUAGGAGAUAUCAUUAAUACUUUCGAAAUCGAGUUACAACGACAAGGAGAUAAUAAUAAUAAUAAUAACAUAAAUAAUACCAAUAAUAAUCUGCGUAGACCCCGUGACAGCACACCAUCAUUUACACCUAGAAGAUCCUAUUUUGCAUCUAUGGUUCGUCAUUUAUUAGUAUUAGAUUAUUUUAUAAUGGUGAUAUUAUUUCCAUUUUCUCUUUAUAAUAUAUUAAGAAGUGGUUUCAGUACAGUUACAUUAUCUGAGAAUGAUUUUGUCGCAGAAAUUAUGAUAUAUAUGAGAUAUUCUAGUGUUGUAAGUCAUCCAAUUGGAGAGAGUGGGAUGCUACUAGGAUAUAAUGAUAAUGGUGUGAUGGGAUUAUUAGGUAAAUUUCAUAAUAUAAUAGUGUAUUAUAGUUCCCCAAUUGGCAAAAAAUUGAUGAAACUGUCAAUGAUUAGGAUUAGAACUAUCAUGAUUGAAAUAUAUGAACUUAUGGUUAAAUUAAUUGUAAUAUCAAUAUAUUUAAUCUAUGGAUUAAGUGGUACAACGUAUUUAGCAUUAUCAGGGUUUUUUUUCAUCUUUUGUCUUGCGUUAACUAUAAUACGCCGUUAUAGAAGUGUGCAAAGGUUACUAGUAACAAAUCUAGUAUUAAUUCCAGAUGUCAAUAGUAAUGAUACCAAUAUAGAGAGUAAUUAUGGUACGAAUACAAAUACUCGUAACCACGACCAAUAG